GCGGCCCAUAACUCUGUGACCAGAUCCGCGUCGUCGUCGUCUUCUUCCUCCGGCGAUCUCUUCAAAGCAGUCUGAUAUGAUUUCCAGACUCACAGAAAUCCUCUCCCGAUCUCUACAGAUCUGAGUUAGUCAAAUUCAUGAACAUUUCUCAAACCGCACAAUGUCCUCCUUCUUACACCAGAGGGCAAUCCAAAACACCCUGAGAAAUCAAUACGGUUUGUCCCUGCGUUCACCCCAGGAUUACCAGAAACACACCGCCUUCCUCUUCAACCGAACAUCUCUAGUCAUCCUCCUCGUUCUUCUGGUGAUCCUCGGAGUUCUCUUUCCGUGGGCUCAAAUCCCCGGCAUCGGGGUUUUCCAGGCCCGCAAUAGCUCCAGGGUCUCCCAAUCCAAGUGGCGGGACUACACGUUGGCGGCGGCGGCGGCCGGAGUGGCUCGAAAUGGGACCCUGAUUGUCUGCGCUGUGAGUGAGCCUUACUUGCCCUUCUUGAACAAUUGGCUGAUCAGCAUUGCCAGGCAAAAGCAGCAAGAGAAGGUUCUGGUGAUUGCUGAGGACUACACGACUCUGUAUAAGGUGAACGAAAGGUGGCCUGGCCAUGCCGUUCUGAUCCCUCCUGCUGUGGAGUCUCAGAGUGCUCACAAGUUUGGCUCUCAGGGUUUCUUCAAUUUUACAUCGAGAAGGCCUCACCAUCUUCUGCAGAUUUUGGAGCUUGGUUAUAAUGUGAUGUAUAAUGAUGUGGAUAUGGUCUGGUUAGCUGAUCCAUUCCCUUACUUGCAAGGGGAGCAUGAUGUGUACUUCACAGAUGACAUGGCUGCGGUCAAACCUCUGGAUCACUCUCAUGAUUUGCCACCACCGGGGAAAAAAGGCCGAACGUACAUAUGCAGCUGCAUGAUUUAUAUGCGUCCCACGAAUGGAGCAAAGUUGCUUAUGAAGAAGUGGAUUGAAGAACUACAAGCUCAGCCAUGGUCCAAGGCUAAAAAAUCUAAUGACCAGCCCGCUUUUAACUGGGCUCUAAACAAAACUGCCGGACAGGUGGAUUUGUAUCUGCUUCCUCAAGCGGCAUUCCCAACGGGUGGUCUAUACUUUAAGAACCAAACAUGGGUGCAAGACACCAAGGGAAUGACUGUUAUUAUUCACAAUAACUACAUCACCGGCUUCGACAAGAAGAUAAAACGUUUUAGAGAAUUUGGUCUGUGGUUCGUGGAUGAUCAUGCUGCUGAGUCCCCUCUUGGAAGAUUAGACUAAGGCCCCCCUUCCUAAUCUGGACACUAAUUGCUGCUAGGAUACCCUUCAAUUCUUCAUCAUCGUCAACAUCACCACCACCACCAUAUUCACAACUUGUGGGGGUUGGGGUUGCUAUUAUAUUGACUACAUAUGGUGUACUUCUAUCAUCUCAAGAUGUAGUUAUUACGUUGAUUCGAAUAAUUUAUAUGUUAGUAAUUUUUUUCAAGAGGCAAAAGCAAAAUUAUGUAUCUUUGAUGAGGAUCAACUUUGUUGUAAAGCAAGGCAGGACCAAUUUUGAGUGCAUUUAUAAAAUUCUUUUGAGGCA